AUGGGAUACCUUUGUUGGAGAGAUAUCGUUGAUAUGCUAUGGGGAAUUGCUAAUGGCCUUGAACGAAUUCAUGAUCAUGGACUUUAUCAUGGUAAUCUUCAUGGCGGUAAUUUAUUAGUGGAAAAUGAACCUGAAUCAAUUGAUACAAGAAUUGCCGAUGUUGGUUUACACGAUCCAUCUCAAAUUUCAGAACAGUUCGAUGCCGCUGAAGAAAAAAAGUUUUUAGAUUUAGAAAACAAACAAUUUACAAAGCCAGAGCAACAUCCCAAUCGCAAGGGGGAAUUGCUUAAGUACACAACCGUUAAUUUACUUCCAUUUCGUUGUAAAUUGGCAAAACAAUUAUCGACAUUUUUGGCAAAAUCGAAAAAUCUGAUAUGA